AUGUCGGCUGUUGACACCUCGAUCGACGAGCAAGACAGCAGACAUGCAGACCACUACCUUCCCCCGUCUACACCAGAUUUAUCGACCAAGAAGCCUCAGCACAAGAAUUACAAAGGCUUCGUUGCUGGCGUUUCCUCGGGCGUGGCAAAGCUGACCUUUGGCCACCCUUUUGACACCAUCAAAGUCCGACUGCAAACUAGCGGGCAGUCCCAAUUCAAUGGGCCCCUGGACUGCCUCCUCCAAACAGUCAGAAACGAGGGCUUGAGAGGGCUCUACAAAGGUGCAACACCUCCCUUAAUAGGAUGGAUGUUCAUGGACUCUGUGAUGCUCGGCUCCCUCACUUUCUACCGCCGCGUCCUUCUUGAGAACGUCUUCUCGAAUCCACUUCUUCCACGCUUUGCAAGCAUAUCAAGUAAGAAAGGUGUGUCAGAGGAGCGUGAAAGUUACGCCAAACUUCCCACCAUUGGGCACGCCAUUGCGGGCGUCAUGGCAGGAGCCACAGUCUCCUUCAUCGCCGCGCCCGUUGAGCACAUCAAAGCCCGAUUGCAAGUCCAAUACGCAGCAGACAAGAAGAACCGCCUAUAUAGCGGCCCCAUCGACUGCCUUACCAAAAUAUAUCGUGCACACGGUAUCCGAGGUGUUUGCCACGGCCUCAGUGCAACCCUCGUAUUCCGCUCGUUUUUCUUCUUUUGGUGGGGAUCGUACGACAUCUUCACCAGAAUGCUCUCCAGUCAUACAAACCUCUCGACGCCAUCUGUAAAUUUCUGGGCGGGCGGGCUUUCAGCGCAGGUAUUUUGGCUGACUUCAUACCCCUCCGAUGUGGUGAAGCAGCGAAUCAUGACUGACCCUUUGGGGGGCGCAUUGAAUGAUGGGGAGCGGCGCUUUCCAAAAUGGAAGGACGCCGCAAAGGACAUAUGGCAGAAAAAUGGGGUUAGAGGGUACUGGAGAGGGUUCUUGCCUUGCUUUUUGCGAGCAUUCCCUGCAAAUGCGGUGGCGCUGGUUGCAUUUGAAGGCGCGAUGAGGACUCUGCCGGAGUGA